AUGCCACCUGAAUCUAGGAAGCUCGAUGAGGAUACUCUUGCUAAGUUGGAGUCAAGCAAUUGGCAAGAGCGAAAAGAAGUUUUGGAAGUAAUCAGUAACCAGUUAAAAUGUUCUACCUUAUCCGAUGCGAUCUGUGGGCUUGUAACUAAAGCAUUAUGUCAAGUAAUUACAUCUGAUAAACAUUCAAUGUUGGUAAUUCGUGCAGCUGGUGUCUUAUCUGAAUUAGCUCAAUCAAUGAAUAAUGGCUUUACCGUUCAUUCAGAACGUGCUUUAACUACUUGUUUAUUAAAAUUUAAGGACACUAAAGCUAACUUGUCUCUAGCUUUACGUUCGGCCACAACUGCCAUUGUGGAUACAAUGUCUUUUGAUCUGGCUUUAGUGCAUCUUCAGACUGCAUUGAGUACUCCCGUGGCAAAAACACAGGCUGAAGCCUUGCGUUUGCUUGCUCACAUAUUUUGUAAAAGUAAUUUAAGGCGAGAACUUCAACUUUCACAACGCUUAAAAAUUUCAAAACCUCUUUUAUCUAAUGUUGCUAAAUUUUCUCAGCACAAAGCUCCGGAAUGCCGUGAUGCGUGUUUUCAGGUGUUUGCUGCAAAUCGCAUUUUUUAG